GGCGACCCCCGCCGCGGGUGCCCAAGGGCUGCUUGCUGCACAGGAUGGCCGGUUUCUCCAGCGACGAUGAGGUGAUGCUGCAGGCGAUGCUCCGGCAGCUGUUCCAGAGCGUGAAGGAGAAAAUCACCGGCGCUCCGUCCUUGGAGUGCGCAGAGGAGAUCCUCUUGAGGCUGGAGGAAACCGACGAAAAUUUCCACAACUAUGAAUUUGUGAAAUACCUUAGACAGCACAUAUGUAACACGUUGGGGUCUAUGAUUGAGGAAGAAAUGGAAAAAUGCACAUCUGAUCAGAACCAGGGUGAGGAAUCUGGUUAUGACACUGUUGUGCAAGAUGUUACCAAGAGAACUCAGGAAUCUAAGGAGUACAAGGAAAUGAUGCAUUCCCUGAAGAGCAUCAUGAUGGUGGUGGUGGAGUCGAUGAUCAACAAGUCUGAAGAGGAUGAUGAGACGCGGAGUCAGGAGCGGCAGAGGAUACUGCAGGAGAAGCGGGGCAGCAGCUGCACGGGCAAUUGCUCCGACAGCGACUCCUCCUUUAAUCAGAGUUACAAAUUUUGUCAAGGAAAACUACAGCUGAUUUUAGAUCAGUUGGAUCCUGGGCAGCCUAAGGAGGUGAGAUAUGAAGCUUUACAAACACUAUGCUCAGCUCCGCCAUCUGAUGUCCUGAACUGUGAAAACUGGACCACUCUCUGUGAAAAACUGACUGCGUCACUGUCCGAUCCAGAUCCUAUGUUCACCGACCGGAUUUUAAAGUUCUAUGCACAGACUUUUACACUCUCACCGUUACACAUGACUAAGGAAAUUUAUACAAGCCUGGCUAAAUAUCUGGAGUUAUACUUCCUUUCUAGAGAAAAUCACAUUCCUACUCUUUCAGCUGGAGUAGACAUAACCAGUCCUAAUGUGAUCCGCUUAUUGAAAAAGGUUCGCCUUCUGAAUGAGUAUCAGAAAGAGGUGCCAUCUUUUUGGAUUCGUCACCCAGAGAAGUAUAUGGAGGAAAUUGUGGAGAGUACGUUGUCCCUGUUGUCAGUCAAACAUGAUCAGAGCCAUCUUGCUUCACAGAAGAUUUUGGAUCCCAUCUAUUUUUUUGCAUUAGUUGAUACUAAAGCUGUGUGGUUCAAAAAAUGGAUGCAUGCAUAUUACAGCAGAACUACGGUACUAAGACUGCUUGAAAAGAAAUAUAAAUCUCUGAUAACUACAGCAGUUCAUCAGUGUGUUCAGUACCUGGAGCUGUGUGAGGCUGUGAAAGCUGAUGGAAUUUUGGGACACUCAAAGCAUUGUGGAAACAAGCAAAAAAAUUUCUACUACUCAGGACAAGAGCUGCAAUAUAUUUAUUUUAUUCACUCACUGUGCCUUUUAGGAAGAUUGGUGAUCUAUACACAAGGCAGAAAAUUAUUUCCCAUAAAGCUGAAGAAUAGAAAAGAUUCAGUGUCUCUCACAAAUCUGCUGGUUUUGUUUACUCAACUCAUCUAUCAUUCACCAAGUUGUCCAAAGAUGACAUCAGUUGCAUAUUCAGAGAAUUUUUCUCCUGCAAGUAUGGUGACUGACAUCCUGCGGAUCCUCUGCGACCAGAAAGAGUGUGCUGUUGAAUGCUUAUACAACAGCACGGUGACAGAGACACUUCUCCAGCCCAUUCACAACUUGAUGAAAGGAACUGAGGCUGCUCCACAUUGUUCUGAAACAGCUUUAAUUCACAUAGCUGAUAUUUUGGCAAGAAUUGCUUCUGUGGAAGAAGGACUUAUUUUACUCCUUUAUGGAGAAACUAUGAACUCGUCUGAAGAAGAAAGUCCUACAGGUGCUCAUAUAAUAGCCAGGUUUUCAAAGAAACUUCUCGAUGAAGAUCUUUCUAUUUUCUCUGGAUCAGAAAUGUUGCCUAUAGUCAAAGGCGCUUUUAUUUGUGUGUGUCGUCAGAUAUACAGCACGUGUGAAGGCUUGCAGGCACUGCUCCCGUAUGGCCUGCAUGAAUCCAUAGCAAAGGCAUGGAGGAAGACAAGCUUGCUAUCGGAAAGGAUCCCCACUCCAGUAGAGGGCUCUGACUCGGUUUCCUCAAUGAGCCGGGAGUCUCCCACCAUUAUGGCUUGGGAAGACAAUUUGCUGGAUGAUUUACUCAACUUUGCUGCCACUCCCAAAGGAUUACUACUUCUUCAGAGAACAGGGGCCAUCAAUGAGUGUGUGACGUUUAUGUUCAACCAGUAUGCAAAGAAACUCCAGAUAAACAGGCAGAAGAAGUUUGGCUAUGAAGUAUUGGUUGUACAGGUGGCAUCCACAGCAGCAGGGGCAGUAGCUCUACAAAAUUCAGGCUUCAUUAGUGCACUAAUAACUGAGUUAUGGUCCAAUCUUGAAUGUGGAAGAGAUGAUGUAAGGGUAAACCAUCCCAAAGCUACUCCAGUGGAUCCUAUUGACCGAAGCUGUCAAAAGUCCUUCCUGGCACUGGUGAACCUGCUGUCCUAUCCUGCUGUGUAUGAGCUAACAAGCCAUCAAGAACUUCCCAAUAAGGCAGAAUAUUCUCUUCGUGAGGUUCCAACGUGUAUUAUUGAUGUAAUCGAUAGGCUUAUCAUUUUGAACUCUGAAGCUAAGAUUCGUUCUUUACUGAAUUAUGAGCAAUCACACAUCUUUGGUCUAAGGUUAUUGAGUGUGGUAUGCUGUGACCUGGAUGCUCUUCUCUUAUUGGAGGCUCAGUAUCAAAUAUCCAACAUGUUACUGCACGCUCAGGAAGAAAAUACCUUUGAGACAGCCGAGAACCACAGGGACUUUAUAAUUGAUGGCCUAUCGGUAGAGAGAAAUCAUGUUCUUGUAAGGAUUAAUCUCAUUGGUGGGCCCUUGGAGCGGAUUUUGCCUCCAAGGAUGCUUGAGAAGGGCGAUGACCCGUAUCCUUGGCCAAUGUUUUCCUCGUUCCCAUUGCCACCCUGCUACCUGUCAGAAGUUCCGCAAAGUGCUGAUGUAAAGCAAGACAGUGAUAUCGGAAAGCUCUUAUCAUGCUUCAAAAUGUCUGACAAACAAACAGAGUGGAUAGAAAACUGCCGAAGACAGUUUUGUAAAACCAUGAAGUCCAAGCCGGAUUCAGUGAGUGGAGAAGCGUUAGGAGAACUACUUGAAAAAUUUGUGCUUCAUCUCACCGAAAAUCCGUCUGAAUGCUACUUCCCUUCAGUGGAAUACACAGCUACUGAUACGAAUGUGAAGAAUGAAAGUCUCUCAGCUGUACAGGAGCUCGGCAUGAAAAUGACUGUCAGGUAUGGCAAGUUUCUCAACUUGUUAAAAGAUGGCGCAGAAAAUGAUCUUGCCCUGGUCUUAAAGCACUGUGAGAGAUUCCUGAAACAACAGCAGUCAUCAGUGACUUCUUCUCUUCUGUGCCUGCAAGGGAACUACACGGGCCAUGACUGGUUUGUGUCUUCUCUGUUCCUCAUAAUGUUGGGGGAUAGAGAGAAGACAUUCCGGUUCCUCCAGCAUUUCUCCAGGCUUCUGACCUCUGCAUUUCUUUGGGUGCCAAGGCUGCAUAUUUCUAAGUACCUUCCUGCUGACACCAUUGAAACUGGAAUCCACCCCAUAUAUUUCUGCAGCACGCACUACACUGAAAUGCUCCUGAAGGCUGAGGUGCCCCUCGUGUCUUCUGCUUUCUACAUGGCUGGAUUCGCUCCAUCACAGAUUUGCCUACAGUGGAUAACUCAGUGCUUUUGGAACUACUUAGAUUGGAUAGAAAUAUGCCAUUAUAUUGCUACUUGUGUUGUCCUUGGUCCUGACUAUCAAGUGUAUAUCUGCAUCGCUGUUCUCAAGCAUUUGCAGCGAGACAUUCUCCAGCACACUCAGACUCAAGAUCUGCAAGUCUUUCUCAAAGAAGAAGCACUGCGUGGGUUUCGAGUGAGCAACUACUUUGAAUACAUGGAGACUUUGGAGCAAAACUACCGACCAGUGCUGCUAAGAGACAUGCGCAGCAUCAGAGUGCAGAGCACAUAGACCACGAGAGGCGCUAUAACUUUAUGUUUUAUUCAUUUUUAAGGGAGGUGGGGUGACUUGAUUGUGUUCUGUCUACACUGAUAACAUGUGCUUUUUGUGCCCAUGCAUUGUAAAUCAGUACUUAGAGGUUCUGAACAGAAUAUAUUCCUGUUGCUGUUGUGAAA